AUGACGAAUUACAUCACUCUGCCGCACAAAGUUGCAUUCUCACUUGAACAACGUUUGACAAAUGUGGAAGCGUACAUGUUUACCAAUGCAGGUCCUUACGCCAGCACCAAAGACUAG